CGCGGCUCGGCUCGGCACGGCCCGGCGCGGCCAUGGAGACGGGCGGCUGCCGCAUGGGCGGCGCGGAGCCGGGCGCGCCGGCGAUGAUCACGCUGGAGGACCUGGACGGCAUGGCCGAGGAGAGCCCGGACUCGGCGUACCACAGCAACGGCAGCAGCCUGGAGGAGGAGGCCGAGCGCAUGGAGGACGAGGAGCAGGAGCGGCUGCUCAGCUACUGGCAGAGCGUGGGCCGCGGGCACCAGGUGGACGUGCCCCGGGACAUGGCAGAGCCAAUUCAGCAGCUGACUAGAAAUAACAGUCCCCAGGAGAGACAGACCAUCCCCUUCACUCUGAUCCAGCGCAAAGAAAAGCUUGGAGAUCUGCUUUAUGAAAAACGUCAGUAUGGAAAAGCCAAGUGGGCUUGUAUAAAAAUGAAAGAAAAACAGUAUGAACAGAGCAUAUGUCUGGGAUUCAUGAAGCUUAUGAGGUACAUCUGUGAGCAGAAUUCCUCAGGACUGUACUUGGGGAUAACAAUACCUAUUGUGACCAUAGUGCACACAAACGAAUCUCAGUCGGAGAUCACCCAGUCAGUGACAGUAGCAUACUACCUGCCUGAAGUACUGCAGGACCAGCCACCUCAUCCUUUUGACUCUGACAUAAUCAUUGAAGAGUGGCCUUCUACUAUUGUUUAUAGUAGGAGCUUCAGAGGAAUCACCAAUGAAGACUCUAUAAUGAGGGAAAUAAACCUGCUGGCAGAAAUUCUGGAGUCUCCCGAGUUAUGUUUGCAGGAUACAUUCAUCAUUGCAGGAUAUACAAAUCCAGCUGCUGCUAACCGACUUAAUGAAAUAUGGUUCCUUCAAAGACCAUAGUCUCCCAUUUCUCUCAAUUACAAGAUUCUGUUUUGAUUUCAUAGCAGAAUACUGCAAGUGAAUCACAUGAGACUAGAAUACAAAUACUCAAAGAAUUUAGAAAAGUGGCUUUUAGCCAUUUAGCAAGACAAUCAAUAAAACUUAAUAAACGUACAAAAGUAACACUUGAAACAUACACAAUUUCCUACAUCAAAUUUUACAUUUUUUAAAUAAUUGCCUAAAGGUGUUAAAAAGCUCCAUGGAUUAGUUCACCUUAUCUAUUUUUUUGAACAAGAUAAGGGACAUAGAGACUUCUCUCCCCACCCACUUACUAGCAUCCCUAAACUGCUUGUGGCUUGGGACUGCUUAUGGCAGAUCUUGGAGUCUCUGCCCUGGGGCAGGUAGUGCUGCACCAGCUCCAAAAAGGACUCUUUAGGGGCUUUAAAUGGGGAACAUACUAAAAUCACCUCACGUGUAGACUACGCUUCAGAAAGAACUUUCAGAUCUUCAUUUUUGAAGAAAAUUGCUAGAUUUAGGCAACUGGGAUUAAACCAAGAAGCAAAACUAGGCCAGUGCUGACUAGUUUUGGUAAUGUCACCCACAGAGCAGAGAUUCUUAAUGCUUACCUCAAAAAGCAUUUAACCAAAGUACUUUUUAACCAUGAGAAGAAACCAAGAAGUCAAAACAGUCCUAGCGCUCAUUAAACUUUUGACAGCCAAAGUUAAGGUAUACCUUAAUCACACACUCAUAAGCAAUCUCAUCACUGUAUGUGGUAUCCUCAGAUAGAAAGUAUCAUGCUCAGUUGAUCAUCUUUCUGAAUACUAUGGUCUUAUAAUACAACUUUGCUGAAUGUUAAUACGCUGCAACUGGAGUAAUCUGUUAGUUAAUUUUUAGGCUCAACUUUUCUAGCAAUACUACAUAAUUAAAGUUAUAAAUAGGACACAUUUCAUAAAAUCACAGAAAGAUUUAGGUUAGAAGUGACCUCCAAUAGUCAUUUGGUCCUACCCUCUGCUGAAAAAAGGCCAGCUUUGAUGGUAGAGAGGCAGCUCAGGGCCUCACUAGGUCAUAACCCCUCUGGGCCACUUUCUAGUAUUUGACCACUCUCACUGUGAGAAUUAUUUUCCUAACAUCUAAUUUUCCAUGUUGCAACUUGUUUCCUUUAUUCUGCAUCCAUGUGAUAUAUGGUAAUUCUUCAAGUUAGAAAACUGUUAGUGUAGCAUGCCAUUUUUCAAAGAAGAGCUUGUAUAAUUCCAAAUGCGUUGGAAAGUUUGAAAGCACUAUUCAAAUUUGACUAUAUAUUACAAUUAAAGAGCAUCUAAUGCACUUUAGAACUGGAUUAGCAAAUAUAUAGAUAUAUAUAUAUUUUACUAGAAAUCCCUUAACCUCCCCCCUUAAAGAUCUGAUAAAGUUUAAUCAUAUUACUUAAAUUAGUUCACAAAGUAUAUAAAGUUUCAAGAAUUAUAUCAUCAGCAUUGUUUAUCAAUUACAAGAUUUAUGGCUUUUGAGCUUGUGUUCAGCGGUUAAAACAACACAAGCUGAGCCACUGUCUCUUAGUGCACAGUCCCAUUAAUUGUCCAACAAAAUGGAUUUAUAUAGUACUUCUGAAAAAAAAAGUACAAAUCAAGAAUUUUAAGCCUGCUAGCACCACAAGGCUUUCUACUGCACAAAACCCAUCUUAUUCUCCAAAUUAAAACCUCUUACUGUGAAGCUCAGUCAAAAAUACAGGCUGGAAGCUGGUUGAUCACACUUAAGCAUGAUCAAGAUGCCCUCUAGUGCUUGCUGUCCACAAAAGAUGACUUCAGUAAAACAGCAAGCAGGAGAGGGGGGAAAAAAUACCCUUGUUUUGAACACAAUUAAACUGACAGCAUUUGUGGAAGAAACAAGCAGUCACCUCUAAUUUCUCCAGCUCUUCAGACAUUCUCCACUCAACAACACAAACAUUUGCAUUGCCACAAAUUAACUAGAUUUUAAAACCGAUCUCACUCAAAAGACUGUGGUUUGUUUUCUGUUUUCUUCCCCCCGAAAGCUGUCUGAUCUGGUUUGCCAGGAAGCUACUCUGGUUUGCUAGAUGGCAAUACAGGUGCUUGUGUCAGUUGUGGCCACAACUAGGAACCACGUUCUUUGAUGAGGUGACAGUGUAAAUGCAUGUCAAGGUAUCCGUUACUUAACGGGACAAGACGGUGAAGAUACCAGUCAUGCAUCUUUUAUUCCUCUAAAUCUGUUAAAAUCAUAGAUGCUCACAGCCAGAAAAAAACACUCAGACUUCCUUUUCAACAUGUUCAAUAGUUUCCUGUCUGAAUACCCCUGAAUUUACUGACCAUCGGGAGUAGCUAUUUUAGCUUUGCUUUUUAUUUAUUUUUAACAUUUCUUCAUUUUGUUAGAAACACCAGCCAGUAUUAAAGUAAAAGCUAAUAAGUUGAUGGAAAAUAAUAAAAGCUUUAUUAUUUGGGAUAAUAAUGCAUCCCAGGUUGCAUAACAGGUUUUGUUUUGGUCAAAAAAAUAUAUAUAAAGGCAAAUAAAAAUACAUUUUGACCUUUAACAAAAUUCUAUGGCACAUUAAAGAAGUUUUUGCAAAUUGAUUGUUUUUGACAGUUAUAGAAAUAAUAUGGAUGUUUUUGUAGAAGAAAUAUCUAAUAGCUAUAAGGAAGCAACUAACUCCUCGCACCAGAAAGCAUUGAUUUGUAUAUAUUUUACAUAAAAAACUAUUGAAAAAAGUGGUUACUAUAUGGUACAUCUCUUUUCAUAGGCAACCUUCACCUGAAUAUUUCUGUGACUCAGCUGCUUAUGGUAUGGUAUAGAAGCAUUUUGUUACUAAAAUAUAAAAAUGAGCUGUUUAUCUGAAUGUGCUGAUAUCCUAACCACAGCGAAGCGUUCAAUGUUGUUUUACGUAAAACUGUGAAUUCCAAGAUAGUAUUUAUUUUGAUUUAUGUUAGACUGCUUAUGCUGCUGAGAAAGAACCAGUUAAUCUUAAGUUUGAAGAUACACUUCAUGGCUAUGGAACACUACUAACGUCUAUAAAUGGCCCUCACAAAGAAGGGCACUAAGAACUGCAUUUUGUUUUUCAUUGAGACACAGAGCAUACUUAAUAGCUACAUCACUGAAUGUUAUAGAAAUGCUAUUAUUCAAAAAUAACAUUUUAGAAAGCUUGAAAACUUUUUCAAGCCUGCUUACCUAACUCCUGUUAUUGGAAUCAGUAUUUGAUUAUCCAUCUAUUGCUGUGCUUUGUAAGCCAUUAGUCAAAGGAUUCUCUUUUUUAAUUUGAAAUAUUUGAUUUGCACUAUUAAAAGGAAAUAAUAAAACAUAAUUCACACAUAUUUUGAAAAAUUAAAUAAAGUAGCCUUAGAAGAAAAACGUUGCCCUGCAUACUGUGUAUUUUUCAAACAUGUGUUAGUGCCUAAAAAGUUUAUUCCAGUUAUUGUGAUACUCAGGGCCUUGCUUAUUGUAUGUAUACAAAUAUAAACAUAACUAAUUUUUCCAGCAUUGUUGAGUUGUGCUAUUUUACACUGCCCUCCAUUUUCACUGAAAUGUUCUUGUAUUGUUAUUGUUUGUUAAAAUUAAAGCUGAUUCUGUUGUGCAGAGA